CAAUGGCAUGAGACGAGGUGUAUUUGAACGGUGAAAAGCGGGCUAGCAAACAUUCGAGAGGGAAACAAAGAGGGGUGAACGUCUUACUACUGUUGGAAGCGAAAAACUGGAAUAAUUUACUUUUUUUCGGGUCAGGAUACUUUGGCAAUCAUAUAAGGUCCCCGUCAUGUCUCACAAACAGAUCUACUACUCUGAUAAAUAUGACGAUGAAAAAUACGAGUACAGGCAUGUAAUGCUACCCAAAGACAUUGCAAAGCGUGUACCCAAGACCCAUUUGAUGUCGGAGACCGAGUGGAGGAACCUGGGGGUCCAGCAGAGCCAAGGAUGGGUGCAUUACAUGAUCCAUCAGCCAGAGCCACACAUCUUGCUGUUCCGGCGCCCUCUGCCCAGCCAAAAGUCAUAAGGGACAGAAUCUCUGGGUCCUUGGAAAAUCAGUCCUACUUGCCACAGAUCGACUUAUCAAAAUAGGGAUCAUGCUGUCAAGAUUACCAAGCUCUUGUGUGGUAGGUGAUUUGGGCUGAUCAUGUUGGACCUGGAGAAGGACUAUCACAUUUAUGAACAGUGGUUGUGGAAUGGAGUAUGCGUUGAAGGAAAAAAUAAAUCACCACCCUCCUCUUGGGGAAAAGACUUCAUGUGUUAACAGCGACACGCCGUCUGCCAGAAAACCUUCAACUCAGCUUACAGUCUUUUUGACUUAACCUAUCUGUCCAACUUGCUGAGCCUGCUUGGAUAUUCCAGCCUUUUAGAACAUGAAUUGUCAUAAAAUGUGGGAAGUGAAACCGGUUCAAACAUUUGAGUGAUUCUUACAGAGUGUAUUCUGGGUCAAGCUCGGGUCAGAACACAAGCCAGACAGAAUAGUUUGACCCUAAAUGAAGUUUGACUCUGAAAACAUCCAAGUGUGGUUUUAUAUGACAUGUUGCUGCUUGGUUUAAAUGACACUGUAAAUUGGCAUUUAACACUUUAUGUCAUGUGCAUGAACAGCCGCAUCUAUAAGAGUCACUUAGAAACUAGUUUUGAUCCCUUUUUUCCAUAAGAGCAUAUUAUAUUAGUUUUGGCCUACUUUUAUAAAACAUCUUUGAUGGCUCUGCUUGUACCAGUGAGCUGCUCAGUAUUUGAGUGUUGCGCUUUCUGAAAUAAAUAAACUUUUAAAUCUUAGUGUGGGCUUUGGCAGCAUUUAGGGUUUACAACUACUGUACGAUUACACAGAGCCACUUAAUACAUGACAAUGGAUGUGAGAGGAGAAGAAAACAAAUAGUGGCUGUUGGCAGACACUACCCUUAAAAUGCUCUUAUAGAAUACAUCCGGAUCAUUGAAUGAAAUGUUGGAAAACCAAUUGCAUUUAUUUUGAAUUGUGGUAUUGACCUCUAAUGCAUAUGGCACUUGUUUUCACCGUCAUACUCGUUCUGAAUACUUGCACCCACUCUGCCAUGUUUGUAUUUACCUUCUAUCCCCUUUUUACUACCACAUACGGAGCCGCUUAGCUGUCACCGAGGCUAAGACUUUGCCUUAAACAAUUGUUCUUUGAACAUGUGCCUUUUUGUAAGGUUUGCUUUUGUUCAGUUCUUUUUGACAGAAUUAGUUUUUAUAAUUACAUGUGUAGGUAAAGAGCUAUUCUACCCUUCAGAAUUAUUAAAAGAAUGCAAUCAAAUGAAGUUGAUGCAUUUAGUCUUUGAUGAAACAACUAAUAUGAAAUCUGUGUUGGAUGACAUCUCUGUAUGCUUGUUUGGUAAUCUUGAACAUAACACUACAGUAUUGGAUUACUAUAGAUCGAAGACUGAAAUGAUAAAACCCAAUUAUGCAAACAUCAUGUGGCUGCAUCAGAAUGGGAAUAUUCACAUAACUGUUUGACAAUUUUCACUCUAUAUUCACGUUUGUCACAUUAACAAAAACAAGUUUUUCAUCAUGUAGUGUUGGUGCAAACACAAAUUCACCAGACAGCAGCAUGACGUUCUUAAAUACACCUUUGCUCCUCAUAUGUUUCCUAUUUCUGUCAACUGUAAAAUAAAAGUAAAAUGACACAAAAAAUUGCAAGUAGGAAAUGUGACUUGCAUGUUGGAAUCACCCCUUACGGUCCUGUCCUUCCUCACAGCCUGUUUCCUAAAGCAAACUGAUCACACUAACAUCACAUGCCAGCUGAUGUGUUUAUCAUUAUUUA